AUCGUCCCUCCUGCGCCCUGCUACUCGCUUUCAGAACAAAUAAUUUCUUCCAUAUCCAUUAAUACCCGACAUUAUUGCUGGUUACCUUUGUAGUAGCAAAUCGACCAGAUUCAUCUCACACCUUUUGCGCACAGUAGCGAGGAUAAAGCAAGGCUUUCUUCUGGCUCACUCUCUCCACUCCUUUCUUCGGUGUCCGUUCGUCCUUGGUCGCUCGUUCACACACACGACUCAACCACCUCCUGGUCAGCCAUCGGAUAAAGCACAUACCAAAAACAAAAAAACAAAAAAGAAGUCAAGAUGACGGAGAAGCCGCUUCCUUUCGUCUACCAGUUCGCUGCUGGCGCUGUCGCCGGUGUGUCUGAAAUUUUGAUAAUGUAUCCGCUGGAUGUGAUCAAGACGAGAGUGUUAGUAUACCCUGGUUGUUCCUUACUUUGGCUACUCCCCUCACGGGCGUCGAGUUAUAUCUCUCGCCCCAAGUUGGCACUUUCUGGAUGAUCAAUCUUGGUAGAAUCGCGUCAAGAAGCCACUACUGACAAUGUGGUUCUUACACAGACAACUGCAGGGAAAGCCAAUUCCAGGACAAGAUUACUACACCGGCAUGGCCGACUGCUUCAAGAAGAUUGUCAAAAACGAGGGUCCUUCGAGACUGUACCGUGGCAUUGCGGCCCCGAUCAUGAUGGAGGCGCCCAAGCGUGCCACCAAGUUCGCCGCCAACGACUCCUGGGGUGUCUUCUACCGUCGUCUUUUCGGUGUCGAGAAGCCGACGCAACCUCUCGCCAUCCUGACCGGUGCCACCGCGGGUGCCACCGAGUCCUUCGUCGUCGUCCCCUUUGAACUCGUCAAGAUCAGACUCCAGGACCGCUCGUCUGCGGGCAAGUACAACGGCAUCGUGGACUGUGUGGUCAAGACCGUCAAGGCAGAGGGCCCGCUCGCCAUGUACAACGGCCUGGAGAGCACGCUGUGGCGCCACAUCCUCUGGAACGCCGGUUAUUUCGGCUGCAUCUUCCAGGUCAAGGCGCUGAUGCCAAAGGUCGACCCGAAGAAGGAAAAGGGCAGGGCCAUGUUCACCGAUUUCACGUCGGGCGCGAUCGGAGGAACCGUCGGGACGAUACUGAACACGCCCAUGGACGUGGUCAAGAGCAGGAUCCAGAACAGCCCCAAGGUCGCCGGCAGCGCGCCCAAGUACAACUGGGCCUGGCCCGGAUUGGGGACGAUCAUGAAGGAGGAAGGCUUCGCCGCCCUGUACAAGGGUUUCCUGCCAAAGGUGCUGAGACUGGGACCUGGCGGUGGUGUGUUGCUCGUGGUGUACACCGGCGUCAUUGACUGGUUCCGCAAGAUGGGCGCACAACCUGUCGCUUAGAGAAAUGGACUUGCAAAGGAAAAAAAAUCUAAGAACGAAAAGAAGAAAGGUACAAAUGCUUGCAAACACACAAAAUUCCACGGUGUAAAUGUCUCACAGCAAUGGCGACUCAGCGCGGCAGUUCCAGGUCCAAGGCGUACGUGUUUAUAUGGUUGGUAGAAACCGUCAAGCUGUCGAGUGGUCACAUCAGAACAUGGUCAUAGUGAGACUGACUCUGCGAAACGGGUCGGGAAAGGGCAAAGUUCUUGUCCUCGCGACGAUGUCGUUGACAAUCCGAAUCCUCUUGAUGGCUGACGUUGGGAAUUACUGGUUGGAUUUUGUUCUCCUGUGUCUUUCUUUCUAGCAUCCUGUACGACCAUCUGGGGCGGGAGCAAGAGGAAGCAAAAGGGAAAUAGACACUUUGAUAGACACCCCACCCGACGUUAUGCCUUGCUAGCGGCCAAUCGGACGGGCAAAGAAGACUGAGCUUGAUCUCGCAAAUACUAAACGACAGCCUUGGAUGUUUCUUCAGACUCUGAUUCCACUGCUAGUACGGGGAAGCUAGGACGACAUAGACAAUGGAUAGGUACUUGGUGAGAAACGGACAGUCGAUAUGCACGGAACUCAU